AUGUCUUACAGCAGGGUCGGAGUCGUCACCGGUGCAAACAAGGGCAUUGGCCUAGCCAUUGUGCGCCAACUUGCACUCCAGUAUCCCAAGUCGCCGCUCAACAACGGACCUUUCUUGAUUUACUUGACUGCACGCGACCAGGGCAGGGGAGAGGCAGCUGUGAAGAAUCUUGAGCAAGAUGCGCAACUCAAGCAAGCAAAAGCCCUCAAAGCCGAUGGCGGACUCUCAGAGAUCAAAUUCCACCUCUUGGACAUCACAAGCAGCGACAGUAUCAAGAUACUUGCAGAUCACCUGAAGCAAACCCACAGCGAUGGCAUCGACUUUGUAAUCAACAACGCCGGUAUCGCUCUCGACGGCUACAACGCCGACCUCGUGAAAAAAACACUAAACUGCAACUACUAUAAAACCCUCGAAGCAAGCCACGCCUUCCUGCCCCUCCUCAAACCCACCGGCCGCCUCAUCAACAUUGCCUCCAUGUCCGGCAAACUCAACAAGUACUCUGAGCCCGUCCGGAACCGCUUUCUCGCUGCAAAAUCCGAAGCCGAUAUCACCGCCAUCAUGCAAGAUUUCGUCGCCGCCGUCGAAGCCGGCAAAGAAAAAGAACGGGGGUUCCCAACUGCGGGAUACGCGGUUAGCAAGGCGGGACUUAUUGGCGUAACGAAGAUUCUAGCGAAACAGGUCAAGGAGAGUGGGAGGGAGGGCUUGCUGGUCAAUGCUUGUUGCCCGGGUUAUGUGAAUACGGAAAUGACGAAAGGGAAUGGGACGAAGACGCCGGAUGAGGGGGCGCGGACGCCGGUGUUGCUGGCGUUGGGGGAUAUACAGGGGAAGGCGGGUGGGUUUUGGCAGGAUGAGAAGGAAAUUGAUUGGGUUGGAGAGUUGAAGGGUUGA